AACCUAAUAUAUCAAAUUUUCGGAAACUGUGAUAUUUAGAUUCUAGUGCUCCUAUAUUUAGAAUAAAGUAGAUAUAAAAAAAUAAAAUUCUACCAUGUAUGAUUAUAAUGAAGACGGUCAAUUCAGUGAUGCUGAUGAAACUGAGAUAAAAUUAGAAACAUGUGAAGGUCAACCAUUAUUUCGUUAUCAAUUGUCCAAAGCUGUGCAAGACUUACAUAUUUCAAGCAAUGAAAAAGACGAAGAUGAUGAGAAUUAUGAUGAUAAUUUAGAAAAUGAUUUUAUUUGGGAUGAAAAACAAAGUAAAACUGGUUCAAAAAAUAUUACCAAAAAUAUUCAAACACAAAAUAUUAAUACACAAAAUGUUUCCAAUAAGAUUACUAAUUAUCAACCAUCAGAUAAAUUAUUUCGUCGCUAUGCUAAUAAAAUUAAUAUUGAAAAAUAUGAAGGUCCAACUUUACCAGGGCAUGCAACAAAUCUCCUAAUUGAAAAUGAUAAACGUGUAGAAAAAGAUAGAUUUAGAACAAAAGAUAAAUAUGAUCGUGCAACUGUUGAACAAGUUUUAGAUCCCCGUACAAAAAUGAUAUUGUUUAAACUCUUAAAUCAGGGUAUAAUUGCAGAAAUUAAUGGAUGUAUCUCAACUGGAAAAGAAGCUAAUGUUUAUCAUGCAACAUCAAAAACGGGAAUAGAAUUUGCAAUAAAAAUAUAUAAAACAUCAAUUUUGCAAUUUAAAGACAGAGAUAAAUAUGUUACAGGAGAAUUCCGUUUUCGUCACGGAUAUUGUCGCCAUAAUCCACGAAAAAUGGUACGGACAUGGGCAGAGAAGGAAUUUAGAAAUUUAAUUCGUCUUCAUCAGGGAAAAGUAAUUGCUCCAAAACCAAUUCUAUUACGUAGUCAUGUACUAUUAAUGGAUUUCAUAGGAACUAACGGUUGUCCAUCACCAAAAUUAAAAGAUGUUGUUCUGACUGCUUCUAAACCAAGAAAAUUAUACAGAGAAUGUAUUGAAAUAAUGUGGAAACUGUAUAAUAAAUGCAAACUCGUUCAUGCUGAUUUAAGUGAAUAUAAUAUGUUAUAUCAUGAUGGAUCUAUUAUAAUAAUAGAUGUAUCACAAGCAGUUGAACAUGAUCAUCCUAUGGCACUUGAAUUUCUUAGAAAAGAUUGUACAAAUGUCACUGAAUUUUUUAAGAAGAAUCAAGUAGGAGUGAUGUCUGUUAAAGCAUUAUUUGACUUUAUAACGGAUCCAACGAUAACAGAAGAAAAUAUGGAUAAAUAUUUAGAUGUAAUAUCAGAACAAAUAUCACAACAGAAUGAUCAAGAUGAUCCUAAACAACAAAUAGAAGAACAAGUGUUCAAGCAAGCUUAUAUUCCUCAAAACCUAAGUCAGGUAAUUGACAUUGAACGUGACAUUAAACUUGCCAAAUCUGGAAAAGAGGAUUUGAUAUAUAAAACUCUUAUUGGCUUAAAACCAGAUUUAUCCAAACCCAUUGAUACUCCUGAAAUUCUCAGUAAAAACUUGAAGAAAAUAGAUAACACAGAAGAAAAAGAUAAUUCGUCUGAAGAAAUUGAUGAUUCUGAAGACGAAAAUAGUGAAGAAAAUAUAGCAGAAAAUGAAUCAAAGUUUGUUAACUCGGCACGACCACGGAAUGAGAGUCCAAACAGUAGGAAGGCACGAAAAAAAGCAAUAAAAGAACAACAAGCAGAAAAAAGAAAAAUUAAAAUAAAAAAACAUAUAAAAAAGAGGAAAGAAAAAGUUGCGAAAAAAAAAUAA